AUGAAUGCCCUCCUCCUGUACGAAAUAGAUAACUACCAUCAUGUCACUACUACUAAUAAUAACACGGGAGAAUGUUCCCCUCCACUGCGCCUCUCGGACGAGUCAGCACAACCGUUCCCACAGACGCUUCGCAUUGCCCAACUCGGGGACCAGGACGAGGAUCGAAAACUCUACUGCGUACCCAACCUGUUCCUGCAAGCUGCUGUUGGACGUGCAUGCAGCCUCAAAAAGGAUCGGAGCCCGGAGCUGAGCGAGAUUGGAUGGGGGAAGUAG